UUCCCCGCCAGAGAAGGCAGGGAAGGUUCCGCCCGUAGGAUCCCGGGCGUGAGCCGGCCCACUCCGUUAGGGAGUGUGAGGCGAAGAGACGGGCAGGCGCGUUAGGGUUUGAGAGGAGCGAUUGGAGAGGGACCGCCGAGCUGAGGGAAGGGAGAGAGGGGGAGAGAGGUGGUAGAGAGAGGAGGCGGGUUUGGGGCGUCGGACUAGAGAGAGAGGUCAGCCUCCAACCUUUCCAACCUCCGCUUGCCGGCCAGGGCUGGAGUGGAGAGAGCGCCCCGGGUGGCACCCAGACCCAAAGACGUCGACCAGCAACGCUGGAUGAGAAUUCUACCAUUGCCUAGAGUUCACUGACUCCACUGGCAAUAUGGAUUUUGUGAUGAAGCAAGCCCUAGGGGGGGCCACCAAGGACAUGGGCAAAAUGCUGGGCGGGGAAGAGGAGAAAGACCCUGAUGCCCAGAAGAAGGAAGAAGAGAGACAAGAAGCCCUGCGCCAGCAAGAGGAAGAACGCAAAGCAAAGCAUGCCCGCAUGGAGGCAGAGCGGGAAAAGGUCCGGCAGCAGAUCCGUGAUAAGUAUGGCCUAAAGAAGAAAGAGGAGAAAGAGGCAGAGGAGAAGGCAGCCCUGGAGCAGCCGUGCGAGGGGAGCCUGACGCGUCCCAAGAAAGCCAUCCCAGCAGGCUGCGGCGACGACGACGACGAGGAUGAGGAGAGCAUCCUUGACACAGUGCUCAAGUACCUGCCCGGUCCACUGCAGGACAUGUUCAAGAAGUAACAGCCAUGCCUGCAGCCCCACCUGCCAAGCCCUGGCACUGCCCACUUAGUGCCUGGGUUAGGGCCUUGGGUGGGGUAGGGGGGGUUUCAUUUCCUUCUUGACUUCAUUUGAUCCUCUCUCUUUUUUUUCUGUUUUGGGUUCUGUUCCAAGGGGAGAUCUUCACACACCUGUCCUUGUGCCACGGGGGGCCCUGCCAAGCCACCACCCACCAUCACCCGUCUCCAGGAGAAGCACACCGGGCACAGGACAUUCUCCCCUUCCUGCACCUCCCAUUACCC